CGAGAUUACGCUCACCUGCCUGAAUCUCGCUUAGGUGUCUGAUACCGACGGCGUAUAUAUGUAGGAACGCGGCCCACCCUUGGCUCCAGGACAGCAAGCGGCCCCCAUUGCUGUGCUACUCAAGCCUUCGCCCCGCGCAACGUGUCUCUCACGAUGCCUGCUCCGUCACCUCCCGACCACUUCGUGCUACCCGAUCUUGUGUCGCAUUGCCCGUUCCCGCUGACGCGCCACCCGAACGCGGAGGCCAUCGCGGCUGCGUCGGACAAGUGGCUCGACGAGGGCGCCCCAGAACUGUCGCCCAAGAAGCGGGCGGCGCUGUAUGGUUUGAAGUCGGGCAUCCUGACCGCCCACUGCUACCCCGACGCGGACGACGAGCACAUGCGCGUCGUGGCGGACUUCCUCGUCUACCUCUUCCAUCUGGACAACAUCUCGGACAAGAUGGUUGUUCAGGGAACUGAGCAGUUGGCGGACGUCGUCAUGAACGCCCAUUGGCUGCCGGAGAGGUACGCCCCGACGACGUUCCCCGGGAAGGCGCAACCGACAGAGGAACUCGGCGCGGGGAAGAUGGCGCGAAGCUACUGGUCGAGGUGCAUCACAGACGCGAAGCCGGGUCCUCAGGCGCGCUUCAAGCAGAACCUCGGCCUGUUCUUCGAGGCCGUUCAAAUCCAAACCAUGGACCGAGACAGCGGUAUCAUACCUGAUCUUGACUCGUACAUUGACAUUCGGAGGGAUACCAGCGGCUGCAAGCCGUCCUUCGAUCUCAUUGAGUAUGCCAUGGGUCUGGAUCUUCCGGACUACGCCGUAGACCAUCCGAUCAUCAAGGCCUUGAAUCAGGCAGCCAAUGACCUCGUCACGUGGAGCAACGACAUCUUCUCCUACAACGUCGAGCAGGCUCGCGGCGACACUCAUAACAUGAUCCCAAUCCUGAUGACGCACAACCAGUUGACGCUCCAGGAGGCCGUGGACUACGUCGGCAAUCUGUGCCAGGAGACCAUUGAAGGCUUCGUCGAUAAUGAGAAGCGCAUCCCUUCGUGGGGCCCCGAGGUCGACAGGGAGGUCGCUAUCUACGUCAAAGGCCUGGAGGACUGGAUUGUCGGCUCGCUGCACUGGAGCUUCAUGACAGAGCGGUACUUCGGCAAGUCCGGUGCUGACGUGAAGAAGGGCCGCGUCGUGAAGCUCCUUCCCAAGAGGCAGCGCAGCAACUGAAGACCGCCCGCAAGCUCUUUAUACCUCGUAUACCUCCAGAUUCGUGUUCUGGUUCGCACUCGCUCCUUCGAUUGUAACUGUAUGUUAGUGUAAGUCUAGACAUCUGUUGAGCCCGUACCUUACUGCCUCUGUUGUACCCUUCGUUUAGUAUGAUAGUGCCAGUAUAUCAGCUGUGCUGUUGAUGAAUAUGCGUUGUCUAGAUUCAGCUGACGAUCACUACCAUUCUGAGUUCCUCGACCGGCACUGCACAAUCGUGAAAAAGCUGAGUCGUUGAUUAAGUAACAUGGGCUGG